GAACUAGGGGAUCAGCUUACAUUAAAAGGCUGUACUCUGGUUUGGGAAAUGUCAAUAUAUUUGACCUCAGAGGAAUUUUAACUCAGUUUGUCAUAAGAUUCUGGAGUCAUGAGUGGGUGCCCCUUUUGGAAGAACAAAUAUCAAUUUAAUUUCAAUAAACUUCCUUUGGAUGGGGAAGAUGACAAGUCACAAGAAGGGUUAAAUAAAGCAAGCAAAGGUGGCCUUAUCUAUGGAGACUAUCUGAAGCUGGACAAAAUUUUGAAUGCUCAGGUGCUUCAGAGUGAAAAGAAGGGUAACAAAAUCCAUGAUGAACAUCUGUUUAUUGUGACCCAUCAAGCUUAUGAACUAUGGUUCAAGCAGAUCCUAUGGGAGCUGGAUUCUGUCCGGGUGAUAUUUCAAAAUGGUCACGUGAGAGAUGAGAGGAACAUGCUUAAGGUUGUUACUCGAAUUCACAGAAUUUCAAUGAUCCUUAAGUUACUUGUGGAGCAAUUUUCUGUUCUGGAAACUAUGACAGCCCUGGACUUUUUUGACUUCAGAGAUUACUUGAGCCCAGCUUCAGGAUUUCAGAGUUUACAGUUCCGACUGCUGGAGAAUAAGAUUGGUGUUCCUCAGAGUCUGAGAGUUCCAUACAACAGAAGACACUACAGGGAUAACUUCAAGGAGGAAGAGAAUGAAUUGUUGCUGAAAUCCGAACAGGAGCUCACUCUACUACAACUAGUGGAAUCGUGGCUGGAGCGGACACCUGGACUUGAAUCAGAAGGAUUUAAUUUCUGGGGAAAAUUUGAAGUGAAUGUACUUAAAGGAUUAGAAGAGGAAUUUGCAAUGGUGCAGGCCAAACCAGACUCUGAGGAAAAAGAAGACCAACUGGCAGAACUUCAGAAACAAAAAGAAGUGCUUAUUUCACUAUUCGAUGAAAAACGCCAUGAACACCUUCUUAGCAAAGGUGAAAGAAGGCUAUCCUAUAAAGCAAUGAAAGGAGCUUUAAUGAUCUACUUCUACAGGGAAGAGCCUCGCUUUCAGGUUCCUUUUCAGCUUCUCACUUCUCUUAUGGAUAUUGAUGUGCUGAUGACUAAAUGGAGAUAUAACCAUGUGUGUAUGGUGCACAGAAUGAUUGGCAGCAAGGCUGGGACAGGAGGCUCAUCGGGAUAUCACUAUUUACGUUCUACCGUGAGUGACAGAUACAAAGUGUUUGUUGACUUGUUUAAUCUUUCAACUUACUUGGUGCCGAGACACUGGAUCCCAAAGCUGAACCCAACUGUUCAUAAAUUCCUCUAUACAGCAGAAUAUUGUGACAGUUCCUAUUUCAGCAGUGAUGAUUCAGAUUAAAACCCUUCUUUAGAAAAUGCUCAAUUACCUGAUCUUUAUUCUUUGUUUUCUGAGUUAUUUCAUUUUGGCAAUGUUUUAGAAAUAAGUGUUAAAGUUAUGAUGUUCUGGAUGAUGUUAUGAUGUUUGUUACAUUGUUAUGUUUUUAUCAUGUGUGUAAGCCACCCCGAGUAGACUUUGUCUAGGGGGGCGGGGUAAAAAAAUCUAAUAAAAGUAAAAAAAAAAAAAGUCAAAAAAGUAAAAGUAAAGUCAAAGUAAAUAAUUAAAAUGUAACUGAGAGCUGUUCCACGUAAUGUUAUACUUCAUAUGCUGGUAUAUGCAAACACACACACACACACACACAUUUAUGCAUUAAUACAUUAUAGCAGUUAAACUAUAACUGCAUUUCAGGUAGGUUAUCUGAAAUAAAAUUUAGAAAUUAAACAAACUCAGAUUUCUAUUAUUUUAAUUCAUUGAUUAAAACUGUUGAUUCAAUUACUGCAACCUGCUGCAAUUUAAAUUGCUCUAUUUGAUAUCUAUUGUCCUAAUAUCUUCUGUCUAUUUACUACAAUAUGUGUCAUUUUCUUUAAUUUUGUACAGGCAAAGGUGAGACUUUGGUUGUAUAUAAUUUUUUAAAAUAAAUCAAUAAAUGAAUAAAUGUGAUUUGCCUUGAGAAAGGUCA